ACGUACAGCCAAGAGAAGGAGUAACCAAAUUGCAACAUUCCAACGGCGCUUCAAGUGUUGACAUAUGUUUUCCUAAGGAAGUGUUGUCAUUACACACGAGUGAAGUGAACGAACAUAUCAACCGGUGAAGAAGUAGCCAUCAAAUUAGAAUGCAUCAAAACCAAACAUCCACAAUUACACAUAGAGUCCAAAUUUUAUAAGCACCUGACACUUACAAACAUUUGAGUGCCGUAUCGUCUCUCAUGGAUCACACUAGUAUUUGCACAAGAAUACUGUUAGUGUCUUGAGGACGCAACAAAACAUCAAGCAGAUGUACACCAAGUUAUCCAAUGGCAGGCAAAGAACAGUGUGAUAUAAAAACAUCACUGAAACCCUUCCCCUCUCAUUCUCAGAAAAACUGAAACAAACAAUAUAAUACUGUACACAUGGAAUGGAUAAAUGAUGGCUGGCGGUGUAGGUAUUCCAGGUAUAAAAUGGUGCGGCUCAGAAGGCGACUACAAUGUUAUGGUUAUGGAAUUGUUGGGGCCGUCCUUAGAAGAUCUCUUCAACUUUUGUUCUAGAAAAUUUUCUUUAAAGACAGUUCUCCUCUUAGCAGAUCAACUUAUAACCAGGAUAGAAUAUAUCCAUAGCAAGAAUUUCAUCCACAGAGACAUAAAGCCAGACAACUUCCUCAUGGGCUUGGGAAAAAAAGGAAACCUUGUUUAUAUCAUUGACUUCGGUCUAGCAAAAAAAUACAGAGAUUCUCGUACACAUCAACACAUACCAUAUCGGGAAAACAAAAAUUUAACUGGUACUGCACGUUAUGCCUCUGUUAAUACUCAUCUCGGCAUUGAGCAAAGCAGAAGAGACGACUUGGAGAGUCUAGGGUAUGUGUUGAUGUAUUUCAACAGAGGAUCUCUUCCUUGGCAAGGGCUCAAAGCUGCUACCAAAAGGCAAAAGUAUGAAAGAAUCAGUGAAAAGAAGAUGCAGACGCCUAUUGAGGAGCUCUGCAAAGGAUUUCCUAAUGAGUUCGCAACGUACCUGAAUUUCUGCCGGUCUCUGAGGUUUGAGGAAAAACCAGACUACAGUUACCUGAGGCAGCUCUUCCGCCAGCUCUUCCAUCGUCAGGGUUUUACUUAUGACUAUGUUUUUGACUGGAAUAUGCUCAAAUUUGGUGGUUCACGAAAUCAAGAAAAUGAGGUGGAACGAAGAGAUCGUCAGAGCCACAAACCCCAAGCCACAGGUGCCACAUCCCGGAUACGGCACGACACAACCGUCGGGGGUGUUUUGCCCUCCCCAACAGCGGGAGUGGGUCGACUACGAUCAGGGAGCGAGAGUGAACAACGUGUGAGCAUGAGGGUACAUCGUUCUGGGACUUCCAAUGCACAGACACCUGAGCUCUCAAGACCUACAGAUAGAUGUGUAGAAACUUGGGCCAACAGCGUCAGUCCUCCAGUAUCUGGAGGAGUGAUACGUCGAGGAUCUGCUGGCAGGGAUGGCACCUUUCGAUAUCCAGCAAAAAAGUGAAGAUUAGACAUCCAGUUUAGUUAGGUUCUGCAUAAUGACAUUUGACAGUGCUCCACAUAUUUUAGUCAUCUGAUGCCUUGUGUUGGUCAGUACCACAGCCAUUAAUUUGACUGAACUUGUGAAAGAUUUGUGCAUAGUGGCUGAACAUGUUCAUGACUUACAAAGGUGUGUUGCUGUCAGCAUGGAAAACAUUUUACUGGUCAGCAAAGCUCAAGAUUGUUUCAUAGUGCAUUGAUAGGAUAUAUGAACUUUAGAAUGAUAGCCAUGGCCUUAAUUAUAAUAUUUAUGAAAGUGUGUAAUACAAACUUUAUAUGAAAAUACUGUAAUAUGAGAGGUAAAUGCAUUAAAUGCACUAAUUACUUUUAUCAGUGAUAAUUUUAUAAUUAUUUAUGAGAACUACUGGGGUGCAGCUGUCUUCAGGAUCAACAGUUGUGGGAUAUCCCUGAGUUUUUUAUAUUUUGUGUAAAAUGUACAUUUGCCAGUUAAUAUGGCAUUCUUCACAAAUGCAGAGAUAAUCUUAAGUUGUGUACUUGUCAGUACCAUUGAUCUCAUUGCCUGCAGGUUUUCAUGGGGGCAUAUUUUGUGGUGAAAUCUGUAAGUGUGAUGUAAGGAAAUACAGCCAGACUCCAUUACUAUAACUAUUUUGCAGAUGGUUAAUAUUCAGUCUAUAAAGAGUGAAGUUAAAUUUUUUAAUGCUAUGAAAGCUGUUGAAAUUACUAGUAAAAUUUCAUGAAGUGAUUGAUAUGUACUAAAUAUUGCUUUAUAUUAAGUGCUGAAGGUAGCCAGUAUGACAGCCAUUUUUUUUGUUUCGAUGUCACUUUUAUGACUAGCAUGGAAAUUAAAAAAAACCUUGUACUAUACUGUAUUUAUUACUUAGUUUGUCAGUGAUAUUUUAAAAGUUGUAUUUAUAUUUUUAUUCAAAUAUUUGAUAAAUGAAGUUGUUAAAAAAGCUUGUAAUGGUACUUGCUGUGGUCAAUUUAAUUACACUGUUGUUUUUGUGCUAUUUAAUGCACCUUCUUGUAUAACAAUUGGUAAAUUUCGUAAGUCUUUUUAUAUAUAAUCUAAUAUUUGUAUAUUAUUGGCAAUAGGUUCUGAAUAAUGACAACUUACCCUAUUUUUUUUUAAGAUGCAUUAUAGUGUAGCAGGUCAAGUUUGCUGGCUACAUAUUUUGGCACAAAAUUUUAUUUGUCCACCAAUGUGAGGUUUUGGUCAGUGAUCUUGCAUACACGCUGUAAGGCAUAGGUAGCUUGUUACCAAUUAGUUCUCAAGAAAAAUUAGAAUUUAUGUAAUACGUGUAUGCAUAUAAAUGAUCUUGGCCUUCUCAUUGGCCCUCGACUCCUGGAAGGGAGGGCAUAGUAUCUUAUUUUGAUCUUCCGGGUGCUAAGAUUUAAUUAUAACCCAGUGCUCUGGAAAUUGAGAUAAUUGUUUGUAAAGAAUAAGCAGCUUGCAUUCCUUCACACAUGUUAUUACAGCAUAUUGGAAGCAGGUUUUAAAGGGAGUGAAUCAAAGGUAUGGACAGACUAAGUCUUUUAUUUACAUUGAGUAAAAGGCUUGCUCUUGUUGUGUGAGUGUUUGAUUCAGCAUUUGUCAGCUUCUGCCCAAGUUGCAUACAAGUUUAUAUUGGAGGAAUAAUUUUUUGCGAAUCCUUGUGUGUUAAUACUGCAGAAUUAUUAUUAUUGACAACUUUUGCUUAGAUUUUAUUUUUUCAUAUAUAAUACCGUCUCCUUGACUCACACCUAAAAUUGGUAAAACAUUGUUCUGAUUUUUUAUAGAAUUUUUAGAAAAUAGUGGAAUUUGAUAUUAGUAAACAAAGUGUUUCAUUUAUGAGCUGAUUGCUGUCUAGAACUUGACUGUAAUGUGCAAAGUCAUCAAAUGUCAUGUUUUGGAACUUGGCUAUAUUUAGUAUCAUUAUGGGAAUU